AUGCCCCUCCUCUUCUCCCGCAAAGCUCUUGCCGCCGGCCUCUUUUCCCUCACCCUCCUCGCCCUCUUCACACAUCUCAGAACUGGUACUGGAGGUCACACUUUCCAUUCCAGCAUAUCUCGGGUUGGUCUCCUACCCUCAAGCUGGAGUAGUCAAGAGUCGCUGUAUGUGCCUAUAGAAGAUUUCCCAGAGACAAAGUGGAUAAGCGGCGUCGCAGGCUUCAACUACCUUCACAAUCUCUACAUGACAAAUGGCACCUUCCUCGCCCUGACCUCCAACCCGGCCACCUUCCCCGAGGAAGGCGUGUCCUUUCUGAUGUCUGCGCUUGCUACAGAAACCGACACAUUCAGGCGACAUGGACCCGCGGGGGAAGACAGAUUCCAGAUCUUGUCAAAGAAGGAGGCGUGGGACAAGGGAUUACUGCAGCCGGCGGCUAUCAGGAAGCACGGGAUCAGCAUGUUUUUUAAUGAUGUGAGGGAAGGCGAGAGGAAGGGGUCUUUCUUAGACCAUUACUUCCACUCUGACUUCUGGGAUUCCUUAGGUGAAAUGUUCCUUGGUUCCUGGAGGGCGACUACUGCAGCUGGCGAGACGGAGAUGCCUGCGAGGAUCAUGUACCGAGCUGAAGGAGAUGACUGGGUAUGUCUUACCUCUCUGGUGUCGAAUGGCUGGGCUUCUGCUGACGGGCGCCUUUGUAUCACAACAUGGUUCCAGCAGACAGUCAUGCCUGACACUGUCGUCGAGGAACCUUCCAUCUUUGAGGACCGUGUCAGAUCUGGCAUGACAUUCCUCUUUGACAAGAUUACCAUAGCCGACCGAUGGGCCGCGCACCGAUUGGGCAAAGACGUUCGCCAAUGGAACAAGGCCACAGGCGACCUUCCCUCACUCUCCGUCCCCUCCACCUGGAUGGACCCCAUGCGUAACCGCCUCAAGGCGCUCGGGAUGGCCGAGGGCUGCUCACCCCAGCGCAAGCGUGCUGGUGUGCCCGUCGUUGUUUACAUCAACAGGCAGCUCACCAAGAGGAGGAUGACGGAUGAGGACGCAGCGGCUUUGUUGGUGGAGAUGGAGAGGCUGGAUGCGGAGGGCGUUAUUGAGUUCCACAAUGCGCAGAUGGAGAAGCUUCACCGUGUGCAGCAGUUCUGCUUGGCGUUGAGAGGCGAUAUCAUGUUUGGCGUGCACGGGAACGGUCUCAGUCAUCUCUUGUGGAUGAAGCCCGGAAGUGGUGUUCUUGAAAUCAUGCAAGACGGUUUCGCUCGUGACUAUGCCAUCCUCGCCGAGAUGAUGGGCCAUGAAUAUUACGCCGUUCACACCAACCACACUUUCCCGGAAGAUCAGUGGAGACAGCCCAACGGAUGGGCUGUGGACCAGGGACCCGACUUCCAUGGCGCCAACAUUCGUCUCGACGCGAAGUGGUUUGCCGGGAUGAUCGAAAAGAUGGCCAAGGCGAGAAAGUAUGUGACUGAGCCUGAACUUUAUUGA